AUGUCUCCGUACGCUGUGCUCGUCGCGGCCGUCGCCGUGCUCGUCGCCUUCUGCUGCGCGACCAGGAAAGCUCGAGGCAAGAACAGUAAGCUCCCGCCAUCGCCCCCGGCGAUCCCGCUGUUCGGCCACCUCCACCUCCUGGGCCGCCUCGCGCACCGCUCCCUGCGCGACCUGCACGCUCGGUACGGCAGCGACGGCGGCCUCCUGCUCCUGCAGCUCGGGCGCAGGCGGACGCUGGUGGUGUCCACGGCGGCCGCGGCGGCGGACCUGUACAAGAACCACGACCUCGCAUUCGCCUCCCGCGUGCUCAGCGCGCCGGUGCACAAGCUCUCCUACGGCUCGAUCAACGUCUCCUUCGCGCCAUACGGCGACGUCUGGCGCCGCAGCAAGAAGAUGGCCGUCGUCCACCUGCUCUCCCAGCGCCGCGCCGACUCGUUCGCCCCCAUGCGAGCCGCCGAGGCGGCCGCCCUCGUCGCGGGAGUCCGCCGCGCGGCGGAGGCCGGGGAGGCCGUGGAGCUGAGGGGGCUCCUGUACGGCUACGGCAACGCGGUGGUCACCCGCGCGGCCACCGGCGCCGCGGGGGCCACGGCCGAGAGAAUGAAGCAGCUGAUGGGCAACUCCGCGGCGCUCAUGUCGGGGCUCCAGGCGGAGGACGUGCUUCCCGACGCGGCGGCGAAGGUGGUGAGGUGGGCGACGGGGUUCGAGAAGAGGCUCGACGACCAGAUGGAGGCGUGGCACAAGUUCCUGUCCGAGAUAAUCGCCGAGCACCUUGAGAAGAAGUUUGAGAAGAAGUGUGACGACAUCGCAGGGGAGGAGGACUUCUUGGACGUCUUGCUGCGGCUGAGGGAAGAAGGCACCGCCGGACUCGACCUCACCGACGAUCGCAUCAUAAGCAUUGUUCAGGACAUGAUCUUCGCCGGAACUGAGACAUCAUAUAUUACGCUGGAAUGGGCCAUGGCGGAGCUCACGACAAAACCCCACACAAUGGCCAAGUUGCGGGCCGAGGUAACACGAGUCACCAACGACAAGUUGGCCAUCGAAGAAGAUGACCUCAGCAGGAUGGAGUACCUCAAGGCGGUGUUGAGGGAGGUGAUGCGUCUCCACCCACCAGCACCACUCCUCAUCCCACACGAGUCGACGACGACGUCGAUCGUCCAAGGCUACGAGAUCCCGGCAAAGACGACACUCUUUAUCAAUGCGUGGGCAAUCGGGAGGGACCCCAUUGCGUGGGGUGAAGGGGCGGAGGAGUUUUUGCCUGAGAGGUUCUUGGCCAACGGUAACGCGACAGACGUGGACGUGAGGGGAAACGACUACCAACUCCUCCCAUUCGGUGCCGGUCGACGACUCUGUCCCGCCAUCAACUUCGCGAUGCCGACGCUAGAGAUUGCGCUAGCUUGCCUCGUACGCCACUUCGACUGGGGUCUCGCCGCUGGCACAUGUCUGGAGAUGGGCGAGGCCCCGGGGCUGGCCACACCUCCGUCGACUCCGGUGCGCCUUGUCCCCGGAUGCAUAACAACUUAA